UCGUAGCUGCUGGGUCCAGACGGAGAAGAAGCCAAUCACCGUCGAGUGUACAGAGCUACCGAAGGAAAGCGUUAAUGUUCAUAACUCCGUGGUUGACGACCAGUUAUCCGAAGGGGUUUGGACUGUUAUCAUCUCCGAGAGGACUUGUUUUGACUGUGAGAGGACUGGGAAAAGCUCCUCUUGGACCACGGUGGAGAACUGCACCCGCGCACCUUGGAAUGUUACCGGAUUUUACAGAGCGACGGGGAUGGAGGUUCAGAGCCGCCGCGACUGACAUCGAUGGGGGUGAUUUCAUUUGGUUUCAUCAGACUCUCGCCGCAGACGCGGGCCCAGUCGCUGCUGCUGCCACUGGACGUACACUCCACCAACAAGAAUGAAUGGACAGAAGCUGUGGACGCGGGUGGCUCUGAUGGCUCUCCUGGUGCUGGCGGCGAUGGCCGCCGAAGGAGGCAAAGCGGAGAAACAAGGAAAGAAGGAGCGCAAGUCGGACUGCGGCGAGUGGCAGUGGAGCGUGUGCGUGGCCAACGAGGGCGACUGCGGUCUCGGCACCCGGGAGGGGACGCGCACCGGCACCGACUGCAAGCAGACCAUCAAGACCCAGCGCUGCAAGAUCCCGUGCAACUGGAAGAAGAAGUUCGGAGGGGAAUGCAAGUAUGACUUCCAGGCGUGGGGGGAGUGCGACCUGGCGACGGGCAAGAAGAACAGGACGGGCGUGCUGAAGCGGGCGCUCAUGGACGCCACCUGUGCCAACACGGUCACGGCCACCAAGCCCUGCGGGAAGACCCCCAAGACCAAGCUGCAAGAUGCAAAGAAGCAAAAGAAGGAGGGCAAGAAGCGAGAUCGCACCCAAAUGGACUGAGGAGGUCGUGGUCCGCGAGGGAGGAAGAGGAUAAAAACAUGGCCGCCGCCGCCGCCGCCCCUAUUUCAACACAGCUCCUCCUUUGCGUGUCCUUGUAGGUUGAACAGGAAACCCAGUGGAAAUACGACUUCUAGUGACGACGCGUACUCUUCCCCCCCUUUCUUCUCUUUCUAGCAGCUGAUGAGAUGCGACUUGUACGAAAUAAAUACAGUAGGAGAUGAUAAUGCACAGCGGUGUAGGGACAAAUAAUGAAUACGGAGAUUUGUUUACUAGUGUUCUCACCUAAUGAUGUUAUUGCUAGCGAGGAAUUCUUUUUUUUUUUCUUUUUCCGUUCUUUCUUUUUCCCCAGGAACAAAUUGGACGGGAUUUGUUUCACAGAUGCGUUGGUCUCACUCUAAUUUGGGAGGGGGGAAAAAAAAGAAGCUCAUUGGUCCGUGCGGCGACAUAAUGAGGCAGUUUGUGAAAAGUGAAGCUGGGAAACAUCUUCACUUCAUUAAUUUGAGCAACAACAACAACAAGUCGAAAAAGAAAAAUAAGUUGUCGUCCUUAGCAAUUUUUUCCGCAAAGUGACUCGAGUUAAUUAUUACUCUUUCUCUUCCGAUGUGCUAUGAUAUAUUAUUUCCCCCCCCCGUUUCCAAUAAGAAUAAACCAGCUCGUUCUGUCUGGAGGCUGCAUGACGUACCCGC